AUGCGCGACAUGAUGCCGUCUGGAGGAUCCGCUGUCUCUCUCAUCAACCCCAACUCGGAGGUUGCCCGCCGUGGCCAGGCUUUGCAGUUGAACAUCAAUGGUGCCGUUGGCCUGAUGGAGGUUGUUCGCUCCAACCUCGGUCCCAAGGGAACAAUCAAGAUGUUGGUUAGCGGCGCUGGCGAUAUCAAGUUGACCAAGGACGGCAAGGUUCUUUUAAGCGAGAUGCAAAUCCAAAACCCUACUGCCGCCAUGAUCGCCCGCGCAGCAACAGCUCAGGAUGAGAUUACUGGAGAUGGUACUACUUCAAUCGUCAUGCUCGUCGGAGAGUUCAUGAAGCAGGCUGAGCGCCACAUUGCCGAGGGUCUUCACCCCCGUAUCAUCACAGAGGGAUUCGAGCUCGCCAAGAAGGAGUCUCUCAACUUCUUGGACUCGUUCGCUGUGAAGAAGGAGAUUGAUCGCGAGUUGUUGAUGUCGGUCGCCCGCACUUCCCUCCGCACCAAGGUCCACCGCACCUUGGCUGAUACUUUGACUGAGGCUGUUGUUGAUGCUGUUUUGACUAUCUACCGCGAGAACGAGCCCAUUGAUUUGCACAUGGUCGAGAUCAUGGCCAUGCAGCACAGGAGCGAGAUUGACACCCGUUUGGUUCGUGGUUUGGUCAUGGAUCACGGAGCCCGCCACCCCGAUAUGCCCAAGCGCGUCAAGGAUGCCUUUGUUCUCACCCUCAACGUGUCGCUGGAGUAUGAAAAGUCUGAGGUCAACUCUGGAUUUUUCUACAGCUCUGCUGAGCAGAGAGAGAAGUUGGUCGAGUCUGAGCGCAAGUUUGUGGACGAGAAGCUGAAGAAGGUUGUCGAGUUGAAGAGACAGGUCUGCGGUGACUCGAAGAAGGGCUUUGUCAUCAUUAACCAGAAGGGUAUCGAUCCCCUGUCGUUGGAUGUCUUGGCCAAGAACGGCAUCUUUGCCCUUCGCCGCGCCAAGAGAAGAAAUAUGGAGCGUAUGCAAUUGAUUUGCGGAGGUGUUGCCCAGAACUCGGUCGACGACUUGUCGCCCGAUGUCCUCGGAUGGGCCGGUUUGAUCUACGAGCACACCUUGGGCGAGGAGAAGUUUACCUUUGUCGAGGACGUCAAGGAGCCCAGCUCCGCCACCAUUCUCAUCAAGGGACCUAACCCUCACACGAUUCACCAGACAAAGGAUGCCAUUCGCGAUGGUCUCCGCGCUGUCAAGAACACUUUGGAGGAUGGUAUGGUGGUACCAGGAGCAGGAGCAUUCCAGGUCGCACUUCACUCUCACUUGUUGAAGUUCAAGGAUAGCGUCAAGGGCCGUGUCAAGGCUGGAAUCACAUCUUUUGCUGAGGGAGUGUUGGUCAUUCCCAAGACAUUGGCAUCGAACGGAGGAUUCGACCCUAUGGAUGUGAUUGUGACGAUGCAGGAGGAGUACGAGGAGGGCCACAUCGUUGGUGUUGAUCUUCAGAGCGGCGAGACAUUGGACCCUGUUGCCGAGGGUAUCUGGGACAACUACCGUGUUGUCCGCAACAUGAUGCAGAACGCCUCUGUGAUUGCCACCAACUUUUUGCUUGUCGACGAGAUGAUGAGAGCUGGUCGCUCCUCAUUGAAGGCUGACAACGGCAUGGAGUAA